ACAAAUGGCCACUUGAUGUGUGCGGGAUGCUUCAUCCACCUGCUCGCAGAUGCCCGGCUGAAGGAGGAGCAGGCUACCUGUCCCAACUGUCGCUGCGAGAUCAGCAAGAGCCUUUGCUGCCGAAACCUGGCGGUGGAAAAAGCCGUGAGCGAACUUCCCUCGGAGUGCGGCUUCUGCCUGAGGCAGUUCCCUCGCUCUCUCCUGGAGAGACACCAGAAAGAAGAAUGUCAGGACAGGGUGACUCAGUGCAAGUACAAGCGGAUUGGGUGCCCAUGGCAGGGCCCUUACCACGAACUCACGGUCCACGAAGCGGAGUGCACCCACCCCACCAAGACGGGGAACGAGCUAAUGGAGAUUCUGGACGAAAUGGACCAAACGCAUAAACGGGAAAUGCAGCUCUACAACAGCAUCUUCGGUCUGCUCAGCUUCGAGAAGAUCGGUUACACAGAGGUUCAGUUUCGCCCGUACCGGACCGACGACUUCAUCACCCGCCUUUACUACGAGACGCCCAGGUUCACGGUGCUGAACCAGACGUGGGUCUUGAAGGCCCGGGUGAACGACUCGGAGCGCAACCCGAACCUCUCCUGCAAGCGCACCCUCUCCUUCCAGCUCAUCUUGAAGAGCAAGGUCAGCUCGCCCAUGGAGUGCUCCUUCCUGCUGCUCAAAGGACCUUACGACGACGUGAAGAUCAACCCGGUCAUCUACCACUUCGUCUUCUCCAACGAGAACAACGAGACCGAGUACAUGCCGCUCCCCAUCAUAGACUCUGUGGAAUGUAACAAACUCCUUGCCGCCAAGAACAUCAACCUGCGCCUCUUUAUAUUCCAGAUACAGAAGUAAGCAUAUAAGCUCACCUGGGAGAGUGACCGAGGGAGAGCGAGAGGGGGAGAGAGACAGAGAGAGAGGGGAGACAGAGCACGCACCACUCAACCAGAGUUACCUCGUACGGCUGCCUCGGCCCCCUCCCAAUU